UCUGCGCCAAUUCAGCCGCAGCAGCAGUUCAAGCUUCCCCCGAUUUGCCAUCGUCAUCCUUGCGCAGCCAAGGAAGAAGCUAGCAAAAGCUUUCUUGCUUUCUUUGUGGAAAUGGCGUCGAGGGCUUGGAUGGUGGCGCUGCUGCUCGCGGCGGCGUCGGCGUCCUGCGCGACAGCGCAGCUGCAGGAGAAGUUCUACAGCGAGACGUGCCCCAGCGUGGAGGACGUCGUCCGGAAGGAGAUGGUGAGGGCGCUCUCCCUCGCGCCUAGCCUCGCCGCGCCGCUGCUCAGGAUGCAUUUCCACGACUGCUUCGUCAGGGGUUGCGACGGCUCCGUUCUCCUGGACUGGGCGAACAAGACGGCCGAGAAGGACGCGCUGCCCAACAUAACGCUGCGUGGUUUCGACUUCGUGGAGAAGGUGAAGGCCGCCGUGGAGAAGGCCUGCCCCGACACCGUCUCCUGCGCCGACGUGCUCGCGCUCAUUGCCAGGGACGCAGUCUGGCUGAGCAAGGGGCCAUUCUGGGAAGUUCCUUUGGGCCGGCGAGACGGCAGCGUGUCCAUCGCCAACGACACCAACGCGCUGCCCCCUCCCACCGCCAACAUCACCGAGCUCACCCAGCUCUUCGCCGCAGUGAACCUUGACAUCAAGGACCUCGUUGUCCUCUCAGCCGCGCACACGAUCGGGACGUCGCACUGCUUCUCCUUCUCCGACCGUCUCUACAACUUCACCGGCAGGGUCAACCCCAGUGACAUCGACCCCACGCUGGAGCCCUUCUACAUGGCGAAGCUCAAGAGCAAGUGCGCCAGCCUCAACGACAACACCACGCUCGUGGAGAUGGACCCUGGUAGCUUCAAGACCUUCGACCUCGACUACUUCAAGCUCGUCAGCAAGCGUAGGGGCCUCUUCCACUCGGACGGCGCGCUGCUCACCAACGCCUUCACCCGCGCCUACAUCCUGCGCCACGCCACCGGCGCCUUCAAGGACGAAUUCUUCGCCGACUUCGGCGUCUCCAUGGUCAAGAUGGGCAACGCCAACGUGCUCACCGGAAGCCAGGGCGAGAUCAGGAAGAAGUGCUCAGUGGUGAACCACUAGCUACUUAGCCGACAAGCGCGGGUUGGCAUGGCAUGGCGUUUGAUUAGCGACAAUCUUUUUUCUGUGUAGAUUUUACUGUAAAACGGUUACUUCCUUUUUCUCUCCCCAUUGUUUCGUUUUCAUUGAUUCAUUAUUUCCUUACAGCCAUGUAAAGUUUCCACCAAGAACUCGAUCAAGAUCAUAUUAUACAGUAUAGUCUCUGUUAUUUUUUCCGUU